UCCAAACUUGACCCGAACAAGAAUCCAUAAUAAGAAUUAAAUACUCCAUAGCAACAUAUGAGAAGGUUGAAGGCUCCUUUCUUGUAUUUUCCCAAAAAAAAAGGUCCUUUGCAGGUUAUAAGUAUGUGAUCUUUAAUAACAAUCACUCCUUCAUCUCCUCAUUCUUCUCUUUAUCAUCUUUUCAUCUUUCCUUUCUGAGUAUUUCUCACCUCACUCUUUCUUCUCUCCUUCUUCCCCUUCCUCUUCUAACGGAGAUGCUUUCAAGAAGCAGAAGCAUCUUUCACAUAGAGCAGGAAGGGAAAAAGGAUUCUGACACCAGUAAUGGAGUUUUUGCAGCAGUAACAGAUGGUCUUGUUGGGCUUCAGAUCCUCGUAAAACAUAGAGGAAUUGAUUCCAAAGUCUUGAUCAAAUCAUCAGUGAUGAAGAAGGAUAAACCAGCUAAGCAUUCAUCUGCUGAUUUUCUCAAGUACUGCUUCUCAUGCAGUAAAGAGCUGAGCCUUCAGAAGGAGGUUUAUAUGUACAGGGGUGAUCAAGGAUUUUGUAGUGCAGAGUGUCGUUACAAGCAAAUUUUGCAAGAUGAGAGAAAAGAAGCAGAUUCAACGAGAAGGCUAAGAUUCAUGAGGGAGCCUAAUAAUCAGCCAAACAGAUCCAAAAUUCAAGUAUCUAACAACGAGAGAUCUAAGAUCACUGUUGCUGCGUGAAUUUUUUUUUUUUUUUUUUUUUGCUGCGUGAAUUGAAUGAGCUUAAUACUUUGGUUUUUUCCUAUUAACCUUUUGUGAGAGGCUUGCAAUAAUAUAGUAUAGCCUAAGCUUUUACUGACCAAGAAAGAUACUAUAUGUUGGAAGUACAUGGGGAAUACUAUGAAGGAUCAAAAUUUUUUAGAGA